AUUCAAUGCUCGGCCUUUGCAGAGAGAGACGGGGGUGUGGGGGGUGUUCAUCCACCAAGCAAGCUUAGCUGAGCUCACAAGUCCCCUCCUCGGGAGUAAAUGCUACUUGCUGUCCUCUUUUGACCUCCUCCUCCGCCUCCUCCAUCUCCUCCUCUCUUUCCUUUUGCCUCUUCUUAGGGUCAAAAGAUAGCGGACAAUUCCUUGCAUCAUCUGGUCUCUUGUUCGUGUGUGUGUGUGUGUCAGUGUCCAGGUUACUUACGCUGCCUUGGACUUCUGCCGGCUCUCGGUGUGGCUUCUGGGGGAGGAAGAGGAGGAGGAGUUCCCGGCAUGGGAAGACCACCUUGCUGCGAUAAAGUAGGGGUGAAGAAGGGGCCAUGGACUCCGGAAGAGGACCUGGUCCUUGUCUCCUACAUCCAGGAGCAUGGCCCUGGCAACUGGAGAGCUGUGCCUACCAACACAGGUCUGAUGCGAUGCAGCAAGAGUUGCAGGCUUCGAUGGACUAAUUACCUCAGGCCGGGCAUCAAGCGCGGCAACUUCACAGAUCAGGAGGAGAGGCUCAUCAUCCAUCUCCAAGCUCUUCUCGGCAACAGAUGGGCAGCCAUAGCUUCGUAUCUCCCGGAGAGGACGGACAACGACAUCAAGAACUUCUGGAACACCCAUCUGAAGAAGAAGCUGAGGAAGAUCCAGGGCGGCCAAGACGACGGUACCAUGAACGCUGGCCUCUUGGCGAACUACUACCCCUUCUCCAAAGGCCUGUGGGAGACGACGGUCCAAACCGACAUCCACAUGGCCAAGCAAGCCCUCGGCGAGGCCCUGUCCCUGCAGAAUCAGCACGCCGGCGCAUCAUCCGCCACCACUGCCACCUACGCCUCGAGCACCGAGAACAUCUCUCGAUUACUCGAAGGAUGGAUGAAGAAUUCCCCGAAGACGCGAGCUGCUUCGGCAAGCGACAUGGUGGGUGGCGCCGGCUCAGCCUCCACCGAGGGCUCGGCUACGAUGGCAAGCAAGAGCGCCGAAGUAUCGCCGGAGGGACUCGACUCAUUGUUCAAGAUGGAGACGUCGACGCCCGAGGUAUCGGAGAGCAGCCUUUUCCAACGCCAGAUCAAGCUGGCCACCGAAGCUCCGAUCCCCAUUUCCUUGCUCGAGACAUGGCUCUUUGACGAAACCUUCGAACAGGGAGGAGCAUGCCCGGUUGACAUCCCACUAUGCGACGCUGCCGCUGAGUUGCUAUAGAGGGAGAUCGGAUCACAGAAAUAGCUCAAGGUGUAAAUUCCAACGAACUUCACACGAACCCUAUCACGCAAAGUUUGCUGCAAUCACAACAUCGGACUAAUUGUCAUCUUCGAUCCUCUUCUUCAGUUUGAGUGGUGUGAGCUUUGUUCAGCCUGUAUAAGAUAUGUGGGGCGAAGGAGGAUUCAUGUACUCAUAUAAGUGUAGUAUACUUGUGCU